AUGAAUUUUCUUCCCACGCGCUUUCGAGGCGAAACCACAGGCCCCGCCAAGGCCGCACCUCCGACAUGGGCCGGCAAGACCAUCACCCCGUUUCUGCAAUUCCUCGGCCGACUCGCUGGCUCCCACCCCAUCCACACCAUUGUCCUCGUCGCCGUCGUCGCCAGCUUCUCCUACAUUGGCCUCAUCCAGGACAGCCUACUCGAGAGAACUGCCACCGUCAGCAAGGCAGACUGGUCCUCCCUGACCGAAGGCAGCCGCGAUCUUUUCGCCGGCCCUGAUACCUCCUGGCGAUGGCAGAGCGUCGAGGCUGGCGCCCACAGCGCCAGCAACUCGGACCACCUCGCUCUCUUGACCCUCGUCUUCCCGGAUACCCUCUCGGCCGAUUCCAUCGAUGUUGCGCCUCUCGCCGAGGCCGUCCCGACCCCGCAGAACCUUUCCAUAACCUCACUGCCCGUCACCGAGAACACCUUUACCACCUACACACAGGACAGCAUCCUAGCCUAUUCCCUCCCCUACACUCAGGCUCGUGAGUUCCUUACCGCAGCCCAAGAAAUUCCCUCCGAGAAUAGCGAGUCGGUCCUCACCCGCCAUGGCCGCGAGAAAAAGAUGUGGAUCAUGAAGGCCGCCAAGGUACACACCCGCAACACCUUUGUCGAGUGGGCUCGCAACGCCUGGACAGAAUUUAUCGAUCUGCUCAAGAACGCCGAGACCCUCGAUAUCGUUAUCAUGGUUCUUGGCUAUCUGUCCAUGCACCUUACUUUCGUCUCUUUGUUCCUUUCUAUGCGCCGCAUGGGCUCAAACCUCUGGCUCGGCAUGAGCACCCUCUUUGCCUCUGCCUUCGCCUUUGUCUUUGGUCUCGCCGUCACCACUAAGCUUGGUGUCCCCAUCAGCGUCAUCCUACUGUCCGAGGGCUUGCCUUUCCUUGUGGUCACUAUUGGUUUCGAGAAGAACAUUGUCCUCACUCGCGCCGUCCUGAACCACGCCAUUGAGGCCCACCGCAAGCAGUCCCAGAACGGCAAGAGCAAGAGCAAGUCCCAAACCCAAGAUGCCAUCCAGACUGCCAUCUAUGCUGCAAUCAAGGACAAGGGCUAUGAGAUCAUCCGCGACUAUGCUAUCGAGAUUGCCAUUCUGGUACUUGGCGCUGCUUCCGGUGUCCAAGGUGGCCUUCAACAGUUUUGUUUUCUUGCCGCUUGGAUUCUCUUCUUUGACUGCCUUCUGCUCUUCACCUUCUACACUGCGAUCCUCAGCAUCAAGCUUGAGAUCAACCGCAUCAAGCGUCAUUUGGAAAUGCGUCAGGCUCUCGAGGCAGAUGGCGUCAGCCGCCGUGUUGCUGAAAAUGUCGCCUCCAGCAAUGACUGGCCCGACGGCGAUGCCAAGACCUCCAAGGACAAGGCCCUGUUUGGCCGUGGCAUGAAGAGCAGCAGCGUUCCCAAGUUCAAGGUUCUCAUGAUUUCUGGCUUUGUCUUCAUCAACGUGGUCAACAUCUGCACCAUCCCUUUCCGCAGCGGCAGCUCGUUUGCUACUCUUCGCUCCUGGGCCGGUGGUCUUGGUGGUGUCGUUUCCACCCCUCCUGUGGACCCUUUCAAGGUUGCCGCCAACGGCCUGGAUGUUGUUCUCGCGGCUGCCAGGUCUCGUGGCCAGGCUGUUCUCGUCUCCAUCCUCACACCGAUCAAGUAUGAGCUUGAAUAUCCCUCUAUCCACUACGCUCUUCCUGCUGCUGUCGCCGACGCUGCCGUCCACGGAUCCGAGCGCAGUCAAUUUGACAGCUAUGGAAUGGGUGGUCGUGUCGUUGGCAGCUUGCUCAAGAGCCUUGAGGACCCCAUUCUGUCUAAGUGGAUUAUCGUUGCGCUUGCCUUCAGCGUUGGUCUCAACGGUUACCUGUACAACAUUGCCCGCUGGGGUAUUAACGAGCCCAGCAUUUCCGAGACUUCUGAGCACCACAUUGACCGCAAGGAGCUUGCCCGUGCCCAGCGCUUCAAUGAAACUGAGCCCAGCACCAUCCCUCUUGGUCAAUACGUUGCUCCCACCCCCCAGCCUACCGAACCCGCAACGCCUGCCCUUACCGAUGACGAGGGUGAUAGUCUGGUCAUGACCCGGUCAAAAACCACGCCCUCUACACCCUCAACCAACCGAAGCAACGCCGAACUCGACCAGAUGCUUCUUGAGAAGCGUGUUCCCGAAAUGACGGACGAAGAAGUCGUGUCAAUGUCGAUGCGCGGAAAGAUCCCCGGUUAUGCCCUUGAAAAGACUCUAGGUGACUUUACUCGUGCCGUCAAGGUCCGCCGUACUAUCAUUUCUCGCACCAAGGCUACAUCCCACAUCACCCACAGUCUAGAUCGCUCUAAACUACCGUACCAAAAUUACGAUUGGGAGCGCGUCUUCGGUGCUUGUUGCGAAAAUGUUGUCGGGUUUAUGCCUCUUCCCGUUGGUGUUGCUGGCCCGCUUGUGAUUGAUGGUCAGAGCUACUUUAUCCCCAUGGCCACAACCGAGGGAGUCCUGGUCGCCAGUGCUAGCAGAGGCUGCAAGGCCAUCAACUCUGGUGGCGGUGCUAUUACUGUUCUGACUGGUGACGGCAUGACUCGUGGCCCCUGUGUUAGCUUUGAGACUCUGGAGCGCGCUGGUGCCGCCAAGCUGUGGCUCGACUCGGAGGAGGGCCAGAGUGUGAUGAAGAAGGCCUUCAACUCGACGAGUCGCUUCGCCCGUCUGCAGACUAUGAAGACUGCUAUGGCUGGCACUAACUUGUACAUUCGCUUCCGCACAACCACCGGUGACGCCAUGGGCAUGAACAUGAUUUCCAAGGGCGUUGAGCACGCUCUCAACGUCAUGUCCACUGAGGGUGGCUUUGACGACAUGGUCAUUGUUUCCGUCUCGGGCAACUACUGCUCGGACAAGAAGCCUGCUGCUAUCAACUGGAUCGAAGGCCGUGGCAAGAGCGUUGUCGCCGAGGCUAUUAUUCCUGGCGAUGUUGUUAAGAGUGUUCUGAAGUGCGACGUUGAGACGCUUGUUGAGCUCAACAUUAGCAAGAACCUCAUUGGUUCUGCCAUGGCUGGCGCCAUGGGUGGUUUCAACGCCCACGCCGCCAACAUUGUUGCCGCCAUCUUCCUCGCUACCGGCCAGGACCCCGCCCAAGUGGUGGAAAGCUGCAACUGUAUCACUGUCAUGAAGAACCUCAAGGGCUCACUGCAAAUCUCUGUUUCGAUGCCUUCUCUAGAAGUCGGCACUCUUGGUGGUGGCACCAUUCUCGAACCCCAGAGUGCCAUGCUGGACCUUCUUGGCGUCCGCGGGUCGCAUCCUACGAACCCGGGCGAUAAUGCCCGCCGCCUGGCCCGUAUUAUCGCCGCUUCGGUGCUUGCUGGUGAGCUGUCGCUGUGCAGCGCCCUGGCUGCUGGCCACUUGGUCCGCGCACACAUGCAGCACAACCGCAGUGCUGCGCCCUCGAGGACGACGACUCCCGCACCCCCUGCUACACCUGUCUCACUGGCUAUGACGAACGGACUGGAAAAGGCCAAUGGAAAGAGUGCAGCGGCCCAGCAGCGAUCUAAGCGGUAA